AUGAGCCCAACACGUCGUUCCUCGCCUAAUGGUCCUCAAUUUAGGCCUAAUCGUGCAUGUCAGUUUUGCCGAGCCAGGAAGAUCAGAUGCGACACGGUCAAGCCCAGCUGUGGCUCGUGUCAGGCCCACGGCCGUCGCUGUAUUUAUGUCAUUGAACCGCCCAAACAAAGACCUUCGCGCGCCUUGAUCAAUGAGGCCAACAGACAAAAAAUUGCAUUGGAGAAUGUUAUUUUGGCUCUCAAGAAUACGGAUCCCAAAGAGCGCGACGGGAUUCUUAACUCGGUAGCCAUCAAGAAUGGAUCUCUCGAUCUGACUAACUUUCAAGAUCCAGAGCGGUGGCAAUCUGCCAUCUCUGCAAUCGCUCCAAAUGAUGAGCCUCUUGACCCAAGCUCAGACGAUGAGGAUUAUGACCCGACACCCUUCUUGUCGCGGGACGAGUGUGGUGCACUGGGUGCCUUUGGGCCAUCGUCCACAUUUCAUGUCGGCAGCCCCAUUAGUCAAACUGAAUCGUUAGACUCAAAGAAUAGGUCAGAAAUUGAUCGACAUCGAUUGAUUGCGAACGCCGCGUUACAACGCCAGAAAGAAUACGAUCUGCUACGGCAGCCUUCAAUAGCGGGUUUGCCAUCGGAUUUGGCAAUUCACCUACUUGACCUGCAUUGGAAUCGUCAGCAUCACACAUUUUUGCUGACAUACCGCCCGGCAUUCAUGAGAGACCUCGUCCAGGGAGGGUCCUACUGUUCCGACUUCCUAGUAAAUGCGGUAUUUGCUUGCUCAAGUAAGUUUUCAGAGCGGCUGGAGGUCCGGUCUGACCCAGCCCGCCCAGAGACGGCAGGGAAGCUUUUCUUUGAUCGCUGUGACCAGCUUCUGGCAGAGCAAUCACUUCUGACUCAUUCAAGCAUCCCCACUGUUGCCGGGCUGCUCAUGCUAGGAAGCACCUUUAACGCCCGCGGGCAAAUAUCUAAAGGAUGGCUCUAUACUGGAUAUGCCCUGCGGAUGGUCUACGACCUUGGGCUCCAUCUUGACUGUAAAGAAGUUGCCGGCAGUGCUGAAGAUGUUGAAAUUCGCCGCCGACUGUUUUGGGGAGCUUUCAUCUGUGAUAAACUGCAGAGUCUAUACUUUGGCCGUCCUUUUACCCUUCAACUUCGGGAUGCUCACGUUUCUCGUGAUUUCAUGGACACCUUCGAGGAGAACGAACUAUGGAUACCAUAUAUUGACCCGAAAAUUCCAAAUAAUGAUUUGGUGAAUCCUUCAUCCCCGACACGGAUCUAUUCCGUCUCCGUAUUUCAGCAUUUAUGCUCACUGUCCAAAAUCAUGACCACCAUCAUCGAUCGAUUUUACGUUGUUGGAGCGACUGGUGAGGUGGCAAGAAAACACCUUGACAUGAUUGACCAGCGUUUGACUGCCUGGUAUCGCAAACUUCCAGCUAAUUUGCACUUUGAGCCCUGGGCAGGGAACGAACCGGAAACCCAACCGGGGGCUGCACCAAACAACAUCAUUCUUCUGACUACGUUCAAUGCCCUGAUUAUCCUGCUGCAUCGUCCAUUUAUUAUCACUGGGCACCUCCAAUCGACUGAUAGCCCGGCUAAUUCAUGGGAACGAUGCAUUACUGCCGCCCGGAAUAUCACCAGCCUCGCAUUGGCCUAUCGCUCCGCCUACUCUUUACGUAGAGCUAACUAUAUGCUUAGCUAUGCCGUUUAUGUUGCCUGCACAAUUCAUGCACGAAAUCCUACAAUCAAAGAAACAACUCGACGGAGAGACGCUACAUCUCCAUUGACUAUAUGCCUGCGCUGCCUGGAUGAACUAGCCAUACCCAAUUGUGGUGUGUCAGCUCCAGCUAAGAUCAUCCGACGUUUGAUGGAGGCAAAUAACAUUCCACCUGAGCCAGAGCCUGACAUCAAUGUUCCCCACACGAUGGAUGUGAAUUUGGACUUCCAAUCCUUUGCAACCCUAGAACUACCAGGACUUGCAGAUGACGAGACUCAAUACUCAAUCUUCCCAGAGUUUACACAAGACCUAGAUCUAUUGUUCGGGUUUAUGAAUGAACCUCUAGCGACUUCUACGGAUUUUGCCGAAUUAAAUCAUGCCAGCAGCCAGCCGACAUAG